GGCGUUGCCCUUUUAAGAGCGUUGCCCCUUUAAGGGCGUUGUGGCCUCCCCCACCCCCUCAGGGCGGCGUUGCCCUUUUAAGAGCUUUAACUUAAAACCCCAUUUUUAGCCCCAAAAUGUUCAUUUUUAGCCCCAAAAAGCGCCGAUUUUGCCCCCAAAACCUCAACCUCGCAACGAAAUUCUUCUUUUUAACCCCUCAGAUGCUUAAAAUCCUGAGUUUUACCCCAGAAAUUCCAAAUUUUGAGGAGCGAAAUGACCCCGAAUCGCUUGGUUUUGCCCCAAAAUCAACACUCCGAUCCCUAAGCGACCGUUUAUGCCCCGAGUCGAUCCUUUCAUCCCCAAAAUCACCAUUUUUAGCCCCAAAAUCACCGCUUUCAACCCUUUUGUUCACAAAACCUCCCAAAAUUUACCCAAAACCGCCAUUUUUCACCCCAAACCACCCUUUGCACCCCCAAACCGACAAUUUCACCCCUCAAUAGCCACUCUCAAGCGCCAAAUUCCAACUUUUAACCCCAAAUUCGCCUUUUUUAGCCUCCAAAACGAGCGAUUUUUGCCCAAAUUCCUCAUUUUUAGCCCCAAAAUCGCCGCUUUUAACCCCAAAUUUUCCUCUCGUCGUCAUCGCCCCUUUAAGAGCGGUCCCCACCACCCUAUCGCCGCUUUAAGACCAUAGAGAAGUCCUCCCAGCCGGGUAGCGCGCCGCUUAGCCCCGCCCACUUCCGGCGGCGCUGCGCUUCACUUCCGCGUUCUCGCCGUUCAAAAAUGGCGGCGUCCACGCUGGAGCGGCUCCUAACGGAGCUUUUGGAACCGGACAGCGCCGGGAUUCGCCAGGCCACGGCGAGGCUGCGGGAGGUGCUGGAGGAGCCUGAGGGGAGCGAAGGCCUCGCGGUGCUGCUGAGGGAGGCGGAGAGGCCGCAGGUCCGAAAUUUGGCCGCGGUUUUGCUCCGGAGGCUCCUCCGGAAACUCCCACAGGAAUUGAUUGACAGGCUCCCCCAUCUCGUGGUCGAGGCCCUGGAGCGGGAAACGGACUCGUCCAGCAGAGGGUCCCUGGCUCAGCUGGGGGCGAGGCUGCUGCUCCUGGGGGGUCCCCAAAUGUGGGAACCGAUGGAAAAAUGGAUCCAGGAAGCGGCAAAAGAUCCCAAAAAAACGGAGGCGGCUCUGCGCUUCCUGGGCGUGGCCCUGGGCGUGGCCGGCCCCGCCCUUUCCGGCCGAGGCUCCGCCCUUUCCGGCCGAGGCUCCGCCCUUUCCGGGCUGUGCCGGGCGGGGCUCGGAGCCCGCGACGAUCCCGGGAUUCUCGGAGCCGCCCUGGGAGCCCUGGGGGCGCUGGCGGCCGCCCUGGGAGCCAAAAAAACCAAAUUCCUUCAAUCUCUGGUCCCUGAAAUCCUCCAGGCUCUCCAGGAUCUCCUGAACAUGGAUGAGGAUCGCGGCGCCGACGCUCUGGAAGUCCUGGAUGAAUUCUUGGAAGCCAAUCCUGAAUCCAUGAUCCCACACCUCAGGCCCAUGCUGGAGCUUUGCCUUCAGUCAACGGGGAUCCUUGGACAUCAAGUCUACCCAUUGAAGUCAAUAGGAAUUAUUGGACACCAGGUCUACCCAUUAAAAUUAAUGGGAUUAGAGGGACAUCAGGUCUACCCAUUGAAGUGA